ACUGACGCACAUCACUACCAUCUAACUGAAAACCGCAAAUCCCUCCCCCCCACAAUUCUUCCGAUCUUUGCUCGAUUAGUUUGGACUGAGGGCGACGUGCCGAGUCCAGAAAGAGCGAGCACCGUAACGUCUCUUGUAGCCCUUUUUGUUUCGUUUACUGAUUCAUCAAGUACAAUUCUAAAAGAAAGUCACAUGGACCACCUUUCGUCUUUUGGGAACGACCCCCUUGAUAAGCCACCAUGCAGAGGCUGCUCGUCUCACCUCACCGAGCCUUACAUCAAGUGUGCAGAAUGUGGACCUUCACCUUUCCUCCUCUGCCUCCAGUGUUUCACCAAAGGCUUUGAAUACAAGAAACAUCAGAGUGACCACAAGUAUGAAAUCAUGACGUCAGACUUCCCCGUUCUGGAGCCCGGCUGGACGGCGCAGGAGGAGAUGGCUCUGCUUGAGGCUGUGAUGGAUUGUGGCUUCGGCAACUGGCAGGACGUGGCCUACCAGAUGCGCAGCAAAAGCAAGGAGGAGUGCGAGAGUCACUACAUGAAGAACUUUAUCAACAAUCCUCUCUUCUCCUCCACCCUGCUCAGCCUGCGCAAGACCAAAGAUGCUCGCUUCGCCGACGGCGCCAUUCCCUUUAAACCGACCGAAGAACCACCUCGGCCAACGUUUGAUUCGGUGCUCUCCAGGGACAUGGCGGGGUACAUGCCGGCCCGCGCUGACUUUAUGGAGGAAUUUGACAACUACGCCGAAUGGGAUCUGAAAGACAUCGACUUUGUGGACGACGACUCCGACGUUCUGCGUGCACUCAAACUGGCCGUGGUGGAUAUUUACCAUUCCAGAUUAAAGGAGCGACAACGCAGGAAGAAGAUCAUUCGCGAUCACGGACUCAUCAACAUGCGCAAAUUCCAGAUGCUGGAGCACUGCUACCCAAAGGAGGUCCAGGAGCUCUACGACAUCAUGAGGCGAUUCGCCAGAGUCACAGGACCCGUCGAGCAUGACAAAUUCAUCGAGAGUCACGCAUUGGAGUUUGAGCUGCGGCGGGAGAUCCGCAGGCUGCAGGAGUACCGCAAGGCCGGGAUCAAGUCCUUCUGCAGUGCCAAAGUGUACGAGCGCGUGAAGCGAAUGCGUGAGGACGAGCGUCGCAAGAGGACCGUGCUGUGCGACAUGCUGCAAUACAUCCAGGACGGACGAGCGUGCCAGCAGUGGCUCAGCAAGCAAGCCGCCAUAGAUGCUGGCAUCACCCCGGCUGUCACCACAAUCACAACAUCGGCAACAGGCAGAAGGAGCGCGCCUCCCCUCAACCUGACCGGGCUGCCUGGUACUGAGAAGCUCAACGAGCGUGAGAAAGAGUUGUGCCAGGUUGUGCGCCUGGUGCCCGGCGCAUAUUUGGAGUACAAGCAGGCCUUGCUAAACGAAUGUCGGCGUCAGGGCGGCCUGCGUCUGGCUCAGGCGAGAGCGCUCAUCAAGAUCGACGUCAACAAGACACGCAAGAUCUACGACUUCCUCAUCAAGGAGGGAAGCAUCACCAAGGCCUAGCGCUGAUGCGCCACCGCCGCCUUGUCUUACUUUGUGAGACGAGGUCACCACAACAUAUUUGUUACAAUGAGUGUUGUUUCGACCGCCGGACUUCAACUUGGCGAAAAGCUCUGAAAUCACAAUUAUGAACAUUCCAGUUGCUGAGACAUUACUGGGAAAUUUACAGAUAAUGUUCCAAACUGGAAACUUUCCGUCCAAAUGAAUGGGAAUAAACCAGGAAUUUAAAAAAAUUGGACAUCGGCUCUUAA